GCAGCCACUUGUAUACAACGCAAGCUAUGCGCUUCGUCAGAAAUGACUGUACCGGCCCUUGCCAAAUUUUGGCAAACAGACCUUACUCGCGAAAGCUUGUUGUCUUUCCUCCCCAAAGCUGAUCUUCGAUCUCUACGGCUGGUCUGCAGGGAAUAUUCCAGGGAUAUCGCUCCUAUACUCUUCAAAAGCCUCGAUAUCCAUUUCACCACCUAUGCUUUCACGCGCAGGGCGCGAAUGUCGGCAUUGGAGAGGGUUGGCCACUAUGUGCGAAAGCUGUCCUUCAUCAUGCCCCAUGAAUCCGAGACUUUUCUCCCACCACUCCUGGUUCCAGGCACUUCGGACGAAGUUACCUUUGUCUAUGAGCCUCGCUCAAGUAUGUCAAGACCACCAUCUUCCAGCAGCUCUUCGACUUCGAGCUCGACGUCCAAGUAUGGGUCCUGGGAACUGAACGACUUACUGGUCAAACAAUAUCCUCCCUUGUUUCAUGCCGCAACGAAUGUUGAUUCAUUCUUCCGAGCAGUCAUUGCUCUCCCAAACUUGCGGCAUCUAAAGAUUUCAUGUCCAGGCCAACCAACAUCACAGAGAUAUCGCAAGGACAUAGUCGAUUAUGCCCUCAUUUCUCUGCGUUUGGCAGUCGAGAGUGCCAACCCUGUCCAGCUUGAAACAUUAACACUUGAGCCUAUACACCCGGGAGCCAUACUUCACCUCCGACCUCACUUGACCUUUGGCUCUUCACCAGCUGCCUCGCGUGUUUGGCGACGCAUCAAGAAACUCGACAUCGAGAUGGAUAGCUUCGAGUAUGGCCGCGAUCAUCCGGCAGAUCAACUCAAGAUCCUCCAUAGCUACUUACAAGCUUUGCCGGCUCUAGAGCAUUUCAAGUUCACGUGGAGGGGCAACAAGGGACCUUGUCCACUCGCACUCCACGUCGAGCCUUGCACUUCCCGGCCUACGUCGCUUCAUUGUUCGAACGCCUGCCCAAACUCGAGUACAAAAUCUUCUUGCCGACCUCUAAAGUUCCGGCACCUGAAGACCAUGCAUCUCAGCAAUGCUUGCCUUGAUGCACAUCAGGCAGCGAGCUUUAUCAUGUCGCACCGCAAAGUCUUGCACGAAUUCCAGUUUGAUCGAUGCCAUCUAAGGUCGGGAACGUGGGACGACGCCUUGGCUCCCCUAACUCGAAUAGUUGGGAACGACAGCUGGAAGCACAAACGAGAGGAAGUCAUGGAUGUUCCCCUGUUACUGUCUUCAGCGGACGACAAGAGCAUGAUGGACUGCGUCCAGGAACCAUUAUGGGAUGAUGUGAUCCGUAAGAGUAGAGGUCUGAAGACUCUCCGCAAAAUCAGCCUGAGGACAAGAGAGAUGGUUCCUGAGCAGGUCAGACGUCUAUUGAAGACAGCCAGAGUCGCAUGGCAUUAAGUCUGAGGCGGUAAGCGGCCUAGAGGACAACAUGAAGAUAUCACCAAGUCGAGCUGAAGGUAAUCAUUCAGCUUGACCCUGGCUACUGCUACCAGGGUGCCAAUUAUUCA